AGCCCUCUGUGGCCCACGAGGGUGGCGUACCCCUGCCGCGCCCGCGGCCUGGAGGCGCGCCUGGUGCCUCGCGCGCCCCCCCCCAUGCAGCGGGGUUCCUACGACGUGGGGUCCAUCGCCACCCUGCUGCGCCAGACGGAGGCCAACCUCGCGGUGCUGAACCGCCCGCUCGAGGAACCCCGGCACUUGCUGCCCCCCGCGGGCGCGUACCCCGCGGCCUCGAUCGCAGCCGACCUGGUGGCCGCGGCGGCCGCGCAGCCGACCUUCGUGCACGCGGCCGCGGCGCCGACGGCGGCGGGCAUCGCGGGCGGCGCGGAGCUGGAGGCGCAGCUGGGGCAGCUGCGGGCGGGCGUGCAGGGCCUGGAGGGCCGCCUGGAGGAUGAGCUGCGGGCGUUCCUGGCCAUCUGCGAGAAGCGCUUCCAGGCGCGGGAGGAGCAGCUGCGGGGCCUCGCCCAGGGCGCGCAGGCGGCCGCCGACGCGGCGUGCCAGGGCGCAGCCCGGCGCGUGGACGCCCGCCUGCAGGAGCUGGAGAGGUCGGCGCAGGCGGGCGAGGAGAGGGCGCUCCACGAGGUCUGGGAGAGCGUCAAGGGCCUGCAGGCCGACGCCCGCGCCGCCGACGCGCGGGCGCGCCGGUGCGCCUUAGCGGACGACGUGGCCGACCGGAUCCGCGAGGUCGAGCAGGCGGGGCAGCACCGGCUGGAGGAGCGCUUGGCGGUCCUCGAGCGUCGCGCAGCGGAGCACCGCGCGCAGGUGGAGAGCCAGUGCGAGGCCUGGAAGGAGGCCCUGGGGCAGCGCUGCGGCGCGCUGGAGCAGCGGCUGUGGGAGCAGCAGGGCGACAGGAACGACCUCGUGGACAGCGUGCUGAAGCGGCUGCCGGAGGCCGGGCCCGUGCGGGAGCUCCGGGAGGAGGCCAAGGCGCGGGCGUAUUCGGAGGAGGUGCAGCUGCGGCGGCUGUCCGCCUGCGAGGCCAAGCUCUCCAAGCUGCCGGCGCUGGAGGCCAAGGUCGACUUCGCGGCCGGCCAGGUCUCGCAGCAGGCCGAGGAGCAGGCCGAGGCGCUGCGCACCGCGGUGGAGGCCACCCAGCGGCUGUCGCAGAAGCUGCUGGGCCUGGAGGCCUCCUGCCAGCAGGCGGACGUCCAGGCCGCGGCGCUGGAGGCGCGGCUGGAGGGCGUCCUGGACUGCGGGCAGGCGGGCGCGAGCAGGGGCGCGGAGGCCCUGGAGCUGCGGCUGCAGCAGCGCGUGCAGGAGGCCGAGGCGCGGGCGCAGCGCAGCGCCUCGCGGCUCGAGCAGGGCGUGGCUCAGCAGCUCGCCGCCCUCUCGCGGAGGGUGGACGAGGAGGGCAGGGACGCGCAGCAGCAGCUCGAGGCCCAGCUGCAGGAGCUCGAGGGCGCGCAGCAUCACCUGGAGCGGCUCGCCUCGGAGCUGCGCGCCGAGGUGGCCGAGAGGGCCACAGACCCCGCCGCGGUCCAGCAGCUCGAGGCACAGCUGGGCGAUCUCAGGGCCGCGCAGCAGCAGCAGCUGGAGAAGCUGGGCGAGCUCGAAGGCGCGCAGCGCCAGCAGCUCGCGCAGCAGCUGGAGGGGCUGCGUGAGCUCGAGGGCACGCAUCGGCAGCAGCUGGAGCACCUCGCCACGGAGCUGCGCGCCGAGGUCGGCGAGAAGGCCACCGACCCUGGUGCACUGCAGCAGUUGGAGACGAACCAGCAGAAGCUGCAGGACCAGAUGCGCGAGCUCGAGGGCGCGCACCAGCAGCAGCUGGAGCACCUCGCCGCGGAGCUGCGCGCCGAGGUCGGCGAGAAGGCCACCGACCCCGGUGCACUGCAGCAGCUGGAGGCGAACCAGCAGAAGCUGCAGGCGAACCAGCAGAAGCUGCAGGACCAGAUGCGCGAGCUCGAGAGAGCUCACCAGCAGCACCUGGAGCGCCUCGCCGUGGAGCUGCGCGCCGAGGCCGCGGGCGCACAGACUGCAGAGUCGCGCAUGCAUGGGGUUGUGUCUGAAUUGGUUAGGGCGGACCAGGAGCGCAGGGACAGGCAGCUUGCUGGCCUGCCCUCGCGCGAGGAAUUCGAUGCAGUGGCGGCCCGGGUGGGCCUGUUCGAGGCGCGCGCCGCGGAGCUGGCGGCGGCGUCCGCCGCCGCGCAGGCCGAGUCGGCGGGCACGCGGGCUGCUUCGGCGCGGGUGGCCGAUCUGGCGGGCGGUGUGCAGGACCUGACCUCGGGCAUCGAGGACAUCCGCGUGCAGGUGGCCGCGCUGGAAGGCAGCCUCGAGGGCUCGCUCGCCAGGGCCGCCGGCAGCGAGCAGCGGGCCGAGAGCGCGUGCGCCGUGGUGAGGCGCCUGGACCUCGAGUUGCAGUCGAUGCGGGCCGGGGGCAUUGACGAGCAGCUCGGCGGCCGAACCCUCGACGAGCUGCUGGACGCCAGGGACGCCGAGGUGCUGCAGCGCUCCUCGGCGGCGCUGGGGGACGUCUGGGCGGAGCUGGCCGAGCUGCGGGCACAGCUCGGCUCCACGGACUCGCAGGUGCAGGCCCUCAGGGGCGCCCGGCAUGCCGUCGCGCAGCCGCACGACGCUCUCGCGGCCACACGCGGCACGUCGCGCAGCCCGUCGCAGGCGGCGGAGGCCGUGCCGCGGCACACGAGACUGGAGGAGAGGCUCGCGCAGGCGGAGGCCCAGCUGGACCACCUGAGGGACAGCCAGGUCCCCAAGAUCGAGGCGAGAGUCUGGGACCUCGAGAAGCCAGGCCUGGAGGCCCGGACGGCCUGCCUCGAGAGGCAGGUGGCCGUCCUGGAGGCGGAGGGCCGGGGCGCGCUGCCUGCGCGCAAGGGCUCUUCCAGCGAGGAGGGUGCCCCCCAGUCCGUCUCGCUCUCGGUCUCGGCGCUGACGAGCCGCCUGAACCGGCUCGAGGACCAGAUAUCCGGCGCAAACCUGGAGGGCGCAAGCCUCAGCCAGCUGCCCGAGCCCCUUUACGUGGCGCUCCGGCUCCGGUGGCCCAGCGGCUCGGCGGGGGCGCCUGGCCCCGCGCAGAUCUCCGAGGGCGAGCUCGCCCCCAUCCUUCAGGGCAUCUUGCACGGGGCCGCGCUGGUGCAGCUGCAGCGCGACGCGGGGCCGGGCGGCGCGUCCCCGCGCGGGAUCACGUGUUGGCUGGCCGUGGAGGACGCGCGAGCAGCGGAGGCGGAGCUGCGCCGGCAGCUCCGCGCGGAGGACAGCCCACUUCGCAGGGCGCUGCCUGGGCUGCUGGCGGAGGAGUCGUCGGCGGCGCUGCAGCAGGCCGUGACGUCGCCCGUCACCCGCGAGCUGGCCUCGCGCCUGGACGACCUCGAGCGGAGCCGCGAGCUCUUCACGUCCGACCUGGAGCAGGUGGAGCACCGCGUGCUGCACGUGGAGAGGCUGGCCUUUGCCACGCCAGGGCUCGGCACCGAGGCGCUGGGCCACCCGGCGGGCCUGCCGCCCGCGGCGGGGGAGCUGGCGCCUCUGGCCGCCCACGCGCGGGCGCAUGCUUCGGUGCACCAGCCCCCGCGGUCGGCGCAGGCCGCUGGCGACGACAGCGACGAGGAGCUCGACUUUGACAACGAGGACAGCCAGGAGCCAGGCCCCGUGUGGCAGCGGCGCCCGGCGCCCCCGCCCGCGGCGGCGGGCGCGAGGCGCCAGGCGGAGCCGCGGCGCUCGGAGCCCGGGCGCCCCGCGGGGCGGCGGGACCCUCUGGGCAGCAGCACGGCGAGCUCGCUCAGCGGCUCCGCUGCCGACGGCCGCCUGCCGCCAGCGCCGGCUCAGGUCCGCGGGCGUGGCGUCGGCGACCGGUCGCCCCUGGAGCCGGCCGAGCCCGAGGGCCGCGCGGCGCCGCCCGCCGGGUCGCCCGCCGAGGGUGCCCCCUCGGCGUCGCAGGCAGUCACGCCCGAGGCCGGGAGCCAGGACGAGGGCGGGGAGCCGCGACUUCAGGCCGCCGGCGACCGCUCGCUGUCGGCCCUCCUCGAGGAGGCGGACCGGGCGUCGCCGUUGCAGGCCUCCGCGGGGCGCGAGGCGGUGCCGGCGCCCUCCGUGGCAGAGCCCCGGUCAGAGCCCCGCGCGACCGCCGCCGGCGUCUUCCAGGACCAGGCGGCCGCCAGCGCCCCGUCGCCGACGGCGCGGCCACCCGCCGCCGGGCGGCGGCGGCUGGCGCGGGCCACCGGGCUCCCAGUCGUCGCGCGGGCGAAUAACGCGUCCAGGGACGAGGAGAUCCAGAGGGCCUUCGCGGCAAUGGGCUCCUCCGGGGCAGGGGGGGUGCUGAGCUGGGACGACGUCCGGGCCUACCUCGGCGACCAUCUGGGCUUCGGCCAGGCGGACGCCGCGAGGCUGUUUGGGCCGGGCGGGCUCGCAGAGGCUGGCGAGGUGGAGGGCGUCGUGACGCUCGACUUGUUCCGCAGCGGCUAUGCGGCGCUGAACCCUUACAGGAUCCUGACGCGGCAGGACGAGAUCAUCAUGCGCAAGCCCGGGUCCAUCAACGUGCAGGAGAUCUCUCUGGACGGCCUUGAGAAUUGCGAGGUCUACAUCUGUGACCUCACGGCACAGGCGGAUCUGGAUUUCUGCAGCGGCUGUCUCAUCCUCAUCGGGCCCUGCAGGGGCCCGGUCUCCAUGCGCGACUGUAAGAACUGCGUAUGUUGGGUAGCAGCCAGCGAGUUCCGGGCCAAGAAUUGCCAGGGGUGCACCUUCCACUUGUACUCGCGGACCGAGCCGGCAAUCGAGGACUCCGAGGACCUGGUAUUCGCUCCCUGGUGUGCGAGUUACCCGCGCUGCGCGUCCCAGUUCGAGAGUGCUGGAUUUGACCCCGUCGCGAACAGGUGGAACUGCGUGGUCGACGUGGGCGGCCGGCGGGGCUCUCCGGCCGCAGGCGUGUGCUGCUGGCGCGUCGCCUCGCUGGCCGAGGUGGUGGAGCUCACCGUCGAGCUGGACGAGCGCCCCGAAGUCGCGGCGCCGCCGGACAGCCCGGGCCCCGCCGUGACGCACCAGGCGCCGCGCCCGACAUCGCCGCCCCGCCGGGGGGGCGGCCAGAGUCUAUCGGGCAGGCUGUGGCCAGCAUCCUGCAGGUCCGGCCUCCGCUGCCGCCAGCCCCGGCCGCAGGCGAGGGACCACGCGCCCACCGCGUCCUCGACCAGCCGCGGCACGGGCCCGCCGGCGCCGCGCCCUUCCUGCCCCGGCCGCGGACGGCCGCCGCCGCGGGCCAGGCCGCGCCAACCAUGGCCGUCCAGGGCAGCAUGCUGGGGCUGGACAGCGACGAGGAUGACAGCGACACUUCGCCUCGUGCUGCGCAUCCCACUGCUGGUGCUGGGGACGCCGUCGGCACGCCAGCGCCAGGCGCGGGCGCGGCAGCGGCAGCUUCAGGCGCUGGCGGCGCCACCGCAGGCGACAGCGACGAGGAGGACGAGGGCGAUAGCCCGCCGGUGCGCCAGGUCGGUUCCACGGUGUCCUCAGCCAUGGCCGGGUUGUACGGCGACGCCUCGCGGGCAGUGGGGCGCGCGGCAUCGUCAGGCGCUGGCGCUGGCGGCGCCACCGCAAGCGACAGCGACGAGGACGAGGGCGAGAGCCCGCCGGUGCGCCAGGUCGGUUCCACGGUGUCCUCAGCCAUGGCCGGGUUGUACGGCGACGCCUCGCGGGCAGUGGGGCGCGCGGCGUCGUCAGGCGCUGGCGCUGGCGGCGCCACCGCAGACGACAGCGACGAGGAGGACGAGGGCGAGAGCCCGCCAGUGCGCCAGGUCGGUUCCAUGGUGUCCUCAGCCAUGGCCGCCCGCCGGUGCGCCAGGUCGGUUCCACGGUGUCCUCAGCCAUGGCCGGGUUGUACGGCGACGCCUCGCGGGCAGUGGGGCGCGCGGCAUCGUCAGGCGCCGGCGCUGGCGGCGCCACCGCAGACGACAGCGACAAGGAGGACGAGGGCGAGAGCCCGCCAGUGCGCCAGGUCGGUUCCACGGUGUCCUCAGCCAUGGCCGGGUUGUACGGCGACGCCUCGCGGGCCGUGGGGCGCGCGGCAUCGUCAGGCGCCGGCGCUGGCGGCGCCACCGCAGACGACAGCGACGAGGAGGACGAGGGCGAGAGCCCGCCAGUGCGCCAGGUCGGUUCCAUGGUGUCCUCAGCCAUGGCCGGGUUGUACGGCGACGCCUCGCGGGCCGUGGGCGGGACGACUGCCUCGGAGGCCGUGGAGGGACUGAUGAGCCCAGGGCGCUCGAGCAGCGGCCUUCCGACGCCCUCGUCCGAUGGCAACACCAGCAAGGCGGCCAGGGAGCCCAUGCAGCCGGUGAGCCCAGGGAGCUCGAGUGGCGGCUUGCCUCAGGCAGCCUCCGGACAGCUGGGCGCCGGUGCGCAAGCCAGCACGGGAGCUUCGGCGGCUGCUCCGCAGGAGGAUUCGGACGACGACGGCGCCCCCCAGCCGCAGCACCGCCAGGGUCCGGGCGCCGCUUCGGCUGCGCAGGAGGACUCGGACUUUGACGACGACGACGACGACGUGGACGACAUCCCCUUGCCGUGAGCGGCCCCGGCCGCGGCGGCCAGCGCUGCGGUGCAGGCCGCCCUGCCCACAAGUGCAGAUCGCCAGCGCCCGAUGGGGCACUUCGGAGCGUUGACCGCGACCGGUUCAAGGUUGAACGCUCGACGCGGUGUCAACAAACCUUUGCGCGUGCCGACGGCGCACGAACCUGCUAUACGGUCAGCUCCCUGGCGACCGCGAUCCGGGCGCGGGAAGACAUGCGACCGGCGCUCGCUCAAAAAAAGAG